AUGUGGAUACGCGUAGCGAAAUCUCACGCCUGCGCUAGUUCGCGCCUAUCGUCGCCGACGCUCAAGGUCGCGGCAAAAGGCGCGGGCCGCGGCACCGCGCCGACCGAGGCCGGGGCCGUUGACACGUACGCGCCGAAAAAUUACGUAACGCGCCGAUCCCGGGGUCAAUGUCGCCGCGGCGCGGAUCGAAAGUGGUCGGACGCGCGACGCUCGCUCCCUUAUACGGGGCGCAGCUUGCGGCCGCGCGGGGCCGGCAGCUGGCCGGCACGCGUCUCGGAUGCGCGCGGAGGAAAAAAAACGCGCACAUCGGAACGCCGCGAUUGUUUUAUG